AUGGCCUUCCAGAUACCCAAAACACAACAGGCGGCCGUGAUUGAGAACCCGGGUCCCAAGGGCAUUAUCGUCAUCAAAGACGACGUUCCCGUUUCCGAGCCCGGCCCAGACGAGAUUCUCGUGAAGCUCGAGUAUUCCGUCCGUGCCCUACUCGCCUGGGGCGUCUACAACUCCAUCGUCGGCCACGAGGGGAUCGGCACUGUUGUCAAGGCCGGCGACGACUGCGGAAAGUCCCUCCUUGGCAGACGCGUCGGCGUCAAAUGGCUCUACAGCGCCUGCGGCAACCCACCGCAGCGGCCCUGCUCGGUCUGCCGCCGCGGGUUCCCCAACAACUGCCCGCGGCAACGCAACACCGGCAAGCACGUCCCCGGCACGCUCCAGCAGUACGUCGUUGCCGAUGCGCGGUAUGUCACCACGCGCAUCCCCGCCGGUCUUGCCAGUGAGGUUGUCUCGCCGCUCCUGUGUGCCGGUCUCACCAUGAUGGGCGGCCUCGCCAAAGUGGACACCCACGUGGCGUCGACCAGCGGCGGAGAGGACGACAAAGGCGGUAUCUGGGUCGUCAUUUCGGGUGCGGGUGGCGGUCUGGGCCAUCUCGGCGUGCAGCUCGCGUCAUCAAAACGCGCCGGAAGGUACAAUGUCAUUGCCAUCGACAGUGGCAAUGCUAAACGCACGCUGAGUCUGGACUCGGGCGCACACCACUUCCUCGACUACAAGCAGCCUGACGACGACAUCGAGAAGGCCGUCCAUGACAUCACCGGCGGCGAGGGCGCCCACGCUGUCCUGGUCGUCUCGGGCUCCGAAGACGCGUUCCGCACAGCUCCGCGGCUGGUCCGCAACAUGGGCAUCAUUGUCAGCAUCGGCCUGCCACACAACGACUUUACCCUUCCCGUGUCGGCGUCCCUGUGUUCGGCACGGUCGUUGACGGUCACGGGUGUUGCUGUGGACACAGAGCAGCGGAUGGAGGAGCUUCUCGAGCUGGCGGCCAGUGGCAAAGUCACACCCGCGAUCGAGGUCCGGGACUUUGCCGAAACGCCGGCCAUCAUUGAGCAGCUCCGCACGGACAACGUCACGGGGCGAAUUGUUGUCAAGAUUCCAGAAUAA